GAACAAACAAUACAUAGAUGACAAAACUAAUAUCAUUGUCGUUACUAUAUAUAUCAACUCUGAAAGCCAGAAGAAUAAAGAAAAAAGAAGAACAAGAUGUCGUUUAGGUCUGGUCUUAGUGCUACUACCUCUGUUGUAUUGUUGUUGUUAAUAGCUUCGGUGUCGUUCCUUCCAAUAAGUGCUUUAGCUGCAGAACCAAAGCUCAGAUUUGGGUCCAAUGGUGAGUUUAAGAUACUCCAAGUGGCCGAUAUGCACUUUGCCGAUGGAAAAUCAACUCCUUGUCUUGAUGUGCUCCCAAGCCAGGUCAAGGGUUGCUCUGAUCUCAACACCUCCGCCUUUAUCCACCGCAUGAUCCUUGCUGAGAAACCCAAUCUCAUCGUUUUCACUGGGGAUAAUAUAUACGGGCCUGAUGCCACUGAUGCUGCCAAGUCUCUAAAUGCUGCAUUUGCCCCAGCAAUAGCCUCCAACAUCCCUUGGGCUGCAGUUUUGGGAAACCAUGACCAAGAAUCCACUCUUUCAAGAGAAGGGGUAAUGAAACACAUAGUUGGAUUAAAGAACACUUUAUCACAAGUUAACCCUCCAGAGGCAAAGUCUAUUGAUGGUUUUGGGAACUAUAAUCUUGAGGUUGGUGGAGUCAAAGGCUCUAGUUUUGAGAAUAAAUCUGCUCUCAAUCUUUACUUCUUAGACAGUGGAGAUUACUCAACAGUUCCCUCCAUCCCUGGCUAUGGUUGGAUCAAGGCUUCCCAACAGUUUUGGUUCGAACGUACUUCUUCAAAGCUUAAGGUAACUUCCCUUACUGUUAUAUUCAAUGAAAAGCUUCUUUCUAUAUUGAAUUUUAAUCAAUUCAUUGCUUUGCAGCAAGCUUAUGUAAGCAAACCACAACCCCAGAAAGGACCUGCACCGGGGCUUGCAUACUUUCAUAUUCCAUUACCAGAAUAUGCUAGAUUUGACGAAUCAAACUUCAUAGGGGUGAAGAUGGAAAAGGGCAUUAGCUCUGCAUCUGUGAACUCUGGUUUCUUCUCAACCAUGGUUGGAGCUGGAGAUGUUAAGGCAGUUUUCACAGGCCAUGAUCAUUUGAAUGACUUUUGUGGCAAGUUAGCUGAUAUUCACCUUUGCUAUGCUGGGGGAUUCGGAUACCAUGCUUAUGGGAAGGCUGGAUGGUCAAGGAGGGCUAGGGUGGUUGUAGCAACAUUGGAGAAACUUGAAGAGGGUGGUUGGGGAGGUAUAAAGUCCAUCAGAACUUGGAAACGCCUCGAUGACCGACGCCUAACCACCAUAGACAGCCAGGAACUUUGGAGUAAGAGUUCUUCCUAGUAAGUUUUCACUAUAUGACAUUUACUCAAGUGUUCAGUUCAACACCUUAUGCUUUAAUAUAUAGUAACAAUAUUAUUUCAUUGGAGUCAAUCUUCUUGCACAGUAACAUAGUUCAUAUGUUGUUCCUUUCAUAAUUCAUAUGCUUAAUCUCCUAAUUAAUAACAUUUUUAUAAGGAUAUAAUAACUUAUAUAUAUGAAUUGUGAUCUCUUAAUCUAUAAUACUAAAAGAACCUUUUGGUCAUAGUGACAUUGUGAAGGUUUUCAAUGUUGGAAGCUUUGACCAAAAGCAAUUAUGAUUCAUUUUAUCUUUUCUCUUGAAUUGUUUUUUUUUUCUUUUAAUUUGAUUUUGGUCUUCCAUGAACAGGUAGUUGAAGAAAGAACCAGAUACCUCUGCCUAAGAAUGGUGUACACACAUCUUUAAAUUAAAACUAUAGGAGGCAAAUAAUAAUCAUACUUUACCAAAAAUAAUAUUGUAUUGAUGUGUAUGUAGCUAUAUGAUUGUUGGUCAUAAACACAUUGUUGUCCAAAAUAUUAAUUACUUCCAAUCACUACAUAUAUAUCCAAGUUCUUGUUUUUAUAUCA